AUGAGUACUCAACUUUAUAUUUUAUUAUUAUUUUUAUUUCUACUAUUUGUGGCAGCCUUUUCUUUGAUAUGUCUUGCCCUUCUAACUCCAUGGACUAAACGUGUAAAGUCUUAUUUUUACACAAAACGUUAUCCAUUUACAUUAUAUGGAAUUUCAAAAACUCCUUUUGUUGGUUUAUUUGUUGAGGAUUUAAAUACACAAAAAGGCUUUAGAAGGACUGAACCAGAAAUUUAUUUGUCUUUAAUUAUUCCGGCAUUUAAUGAAGAGCUUCGUUUGCCUAAAAUGUUGGAUGAAUGUUUGGAAUAUUUAAAUAAGAGAGCUGAAAAUUCUGAAGAAUUUACUUUUGAGGUUUUUUUGGAAAUGUAUUUUUUGUUCUAA